UACAGCCAAUUGAGAUGUUGUUGGUUCCAUUUUACUCAGUCAAUUGUACGGUAUUGUCACCGAAGGAUGAACAGUGUUUGUAAUUUAAUCCGUACGAAGCCAGUAGCUGCUCGAGUUCUCAGAAUGGUUUUGGCAUUACCUCACCUGCCCGCAACCAGGAAUGACCCGCGCUGUCCAUUUUCGAUGCUAUCAUGGACUACAUAAGACAAUUUCCUCCAAUUGAACGAGGUAUGAGAAACUUUCUAAUUGGGUAUGUGCAAUAUUUUUGGUUGUUACAGGUCGGUCCAGGUUUAAUCAGUUGUUUUGGAGAAGAAUAUAGAACCAACAACUACUGGGAGUCUUUCCACGCUACACUUCUAACCCAAAUGCAAAGACAUCCAAAUAUAUGGAAUUUUAUUCAAAAACUGACUGUCCUUGAAAAUCAGUAUUUCGUUGAAUUUGAUCAAGCCAGAAGAAACCUAAGGAUUAGAGAUGGAGCAUCAAGGAGGGAACGAGAGAACACUACCACUGUCUUAGCAGGUUAUGUGCAACAACUUAACAGAGAUGGAGACCUCACAGGAUUUUUGAGAAGGGCUGGACACCGCAAUGAUGGAUACGUACAAGGCAUAAUCGGACCAUAUCCACAAGAUCAGUAAGUAUUGUACUUGUUAUGUUUGUCGUCCGGUCGGUACCAUAUCAAUAUUUCAC